AACUUGCGGAGUUGAUGGAGGUGAUUGUUUUCAUACGUUAGGAGUACUUCGUAGAGCUCAGAUAUUUUUCUUCCUUAUGUUUCUCGCUACAUUUAAUACGAGCAAGCUAUAUGGAGCUCGCAACAAAUGGCAUUCUAGAUACUGGCCGUUCAAAAUUUUCAUAUUGAUUCUGUCAAUGCUGCUUCCUUUCGUCUUUCCUUCAGAUUAUAUACAAUUAUAUGGUGAGUUUGCAAGAUUUGGUGCUGGAGUUUUUCUUCUUCUCCAACUAGUGAGCGUGAUCGAGUUUAUCACAUGGUGGAAUAACUACUGGAUGCCAGAUGAGGAGAGGAAGCAAAGCUGCUUCUUCGGAUUAUUCAUGUCAACAAUAUUUUACAUUGCUUCCAUAUGUGGAAUUAUAUUGAUGUACUAUCUGUAUACCUCAAGAUCAACAUGCUAUCUCAACAUUUUCUUCAUUACUUGGACUGCAAUUCUGCUGCUAGUGAUGAUGGCUAUAUCUUUACAUUCGAAGGUGAACAGAGGCCUUUUAUCUUCAGGAAUAAUGGCUUCCUAUGUUGUAUUUCUCUGUUGGUCUGCCAUCAGAAGUGAGCCUGCUGAUGCAAAAUGCAAUUCACACGAGCAAACUGGAAAUAGUGAUUGGACUACCAUACUUAGCUUCUUGAUAGCAAUAUGUGCCAUUGUCAUGGCAACCUUCUCAACUGGGAUUGACUCGCAAUCAUUUCAGUUUCGCAAAGAUGUAGUGCAACAGGAAGAUGAUGUUCCUUACAAUUAUGGAUUUUUCCACCUUGUAUUUUCAUUGGGAGCGAUGUACUUUGCAAUGUUGUUCAUCAGUUGGAAUCUACAGAAAUCAGCAAAGAUGUGGAGUAUUGAUAUUGGCUGGACUAGUACUUGGGUGAAAAUUGUUAACGAGUGGUUUGCAGCUGCAAUAUACUCAUGGAAAUUGAUUGCACCUGUUCUGAGACAGAAUAAAGUCAUGAAUCAUGAGGAGGCUGGACAACACACAAAUGAUUCAAACUUGCCCUGA